CAUAUGUUGGUAGAAUCAUUACAUUUCUUUUAACAAGGAAAAAUAACGCAUUACACCAUGUCUCGCUUCGCCAUCCUCGCCUUCGCCCAGGCUUGCCUCAUUCAGAUGGCUCUGAGCCAACAGUUUGGUUGUAAUCAAAUCUCUUACGGAUCUCCUGACCUCAUCGAACAAAUAAGCUUGAGUGCACCCAGCAGUGCCAGCGUUAGCUACAGUGCACCUAGCAUCAGCGUGAGCGCACCUAGCUACUCGCAAAGCUACAGCGCGUCGUACGGCGGCGCGGGCACCGGGCAAGUCGGCGUGUCCGGCGACAUCGGCGCGAGCGGCCAGACCGUCGUCGUCGGCUCCGUGCCCGUGCUCGGCUCCGUCGAGUUCAGCGGUAAAGUGCCAGCGUCCGGUUCCGUGUCUAUUUCCGGACAGUGUGGGUGCGGGUGCAAAGCUUAUGAGUAGAUCUUUAUUACAAUAAAAAAUUGAUAUCA